UCACAUUCCAUAUUUCUUCUUCAACUCACCAGUCACCACUUUCCACAUUCUCUCUGCUUUAUUUCUUCUCGUGUACCACUAUGGUGCACCAUCAACUCAUGCAUGAAGAAACUACAAGAAACACAUCAACACAACAAAACCAUAAACGACCCAAGUUUUUCAUAAACGACAACACCGACAUUCUACGAGAAAUCCUCAAACGCCUCGACGGUCCCUCACUCGGUGUCGCGUCCUGCGUCUGUCGUCUAUGGUGCAACCUAACAACCAAAGACGAUUCCAUCUGGGAGCAUCUCUGCUUCCGCCACGUGUCCACUCCACCUCCGGCGACCAUUCGGCCUGUCGUGGUGGCGCUUGGCGGUUACAAGAGGCUUUACAUGAUUUGCGUUAGGCCGGUGCUGAGUCGACUCGGUGAGUCGGAGCGAGUGAGGAAGCGAGUUUGGACUCGGCAUGAGGUUCAGCUUUCACUUUCUUUGUUUUGUGUUGAUAGUUACGAGAGACUUGCUGCUGGGGGAAUGAUUGCCAGCGACGCGUCUCCAUCGUCUCUCAUGUUCCUCUGUAACCCUAUCAACGUCUGAUUAUUAUUUUAUUUAUUUAUUAUUAUUUAUUUAUUAUCAUUUACCUUUUGCAUUUUUUAAUGCAUAAUCUUCUUGCCCCUUUUUCUCGUCGUUCUAUAAAUGGCUUUAGUUUAUUUUAUUUUAUUAUUUUAUAUAUGAAAAUAAGAAGCACUUGAUGAG